AGGUGAGGAUAACAUUAAUCUUCUGUGGGAACUGGAAAUGGUCAGACAGGCUUUUUCAUGCACCGAGUAAACCCACGCUGCUACAUUUGCAUCCACUAGCGGCGAGAUUAUGCAAAGACAGCGCCGGUCGACUGUCAAUGAUCACUUUCUUUAACAACCCCAUCUUACCUUUGAUUUGAUCCCGUUGUCGUUUUUGCUAUAUAAAACAAAUCCAGAGCAGAAGAAAAUACUGCGUUUAAAAAAAAAAAAAAAAAAAAGAGACGCAUUAUUUUGUAAUCAUGAUCCGUUAGGGUCUUUGGCGACGGACUGAGGACGUAGAAAAUUAACAACAACAAAAAAAGCAGGAGCUAGAUAAGGACGCUCAUCCUGCUCUGCGACUGUGGCAGCGGCGGUGCCCGUGUUCUAGGCUCGAGACGAAGGGACUGUACCGGCGUUGAGACCUUAAACCUGUGCAAAUUCCACGUACAAUGAAGAAAGCCGCUUCAAGAUCAAUGGAUCCGAUAGAGGUUGUUUAAACCGAGAAAAACUACUCGAAAGGUGAUUUGUGAACCGGUAUUUAAAGGAUGCAUCUAUUUAGUGCCAUCUUCCUACUGCUGAUGUUAGGAAUCAGACCAAGUGAGACCCUGUUCCCCAGCCCGGAGGAAGGCUGGCAGAUCUACAGCUCAGCACAGGACCCGGAUGGGAAGUGUAUUUGCACGGUGGUGGCCCCCGCGCAGAGCGUGUGCACGCGAGACCCGCGCAGCAAGCAGCUCCGACAGCUCAUGGAGAAGGUGCAGAAUAUCACCCAGUCUAUGGAGGUGCUUGACUUGAGAACAAACCGGGAUCUGCAGUACGUGAAGAACACAGAGGCUCUGAUGAAAGCGCUCGACAGCAGGUUGAAAGUGGCAGCUGACAGCCAGAAACCUCUGAAUCCCAAGUCCUUUCAGGAUCUCAAGGUGAAGGUGGACCAGAUGCUCCCCCUGCUGCCGGUGCUGGAGCAGUACAGGUCGGACGUUCGGAUGAUCGUGCAGCUGAAGGAGGAUGUGAGGAACCUGUCGCUCAUCCUUCUGGCCAUCCAGGAGGAGAUGGGAGCCUAUGACUAUGAGGAGCUGCAGCAGAGAGUCAUGAUGCUGGAGGAGAGGCUCCAUGCCUGCAUGCAGAAACUGGGCUGUGGGAAGCUCACAGGGGUCAGUAAUCCCAUUACUAUCCGAGCGUCGGGGUCCAGAUUCGGAUCGUGGAUGACUGACACCAUGAGUCCCAGUGCAGAUACCCGGGUGUGGUCCAUGGAUGGUUACUACAAAGGCAGGCGGGUUCUCGAGUAUCGCUCCCUGAACGACUUCAUGAAGGGGCAGAACUUCGUGCAGCACCUCCUCCCUCACCCUUGGGCCGGCACGGGCCACCUGGUGUACAACGGCUCCCUCUACUACAACAAGUACCAGAGCAACAUCGUCAUCAAGUACCAAUUCCGCUCGCGCAGCAUCCUGGUCCAGAGGAGUCUGGCCAGCGCCGGCUACAACAACACCUUCCCUUACUCCUGGGGGGGCUUCUCGGACAUCGACCUCAUGGCCGACGAGAACGGCCUGUGGGCAGUCUACACCACAAACCAGAACGCGGGGAACAUCGUGAUCAGCCGGCUGGAGCCCCAGACACUGGAGAUCCUGCAGAGCUGGGACACAGGGUACCCGAAACGUAGCGCGGGGGAGUCCUUCAUGAUCUGCGGCACUCUUUACGUGACUAACUCCCACCUGGCGGGGGCUAAGAUCUACUUUGCCUAUUACACAAAUUCAUCCAGUUACGAGUACACGGACAUCCCCUUUCACAAUCAGUACUCGCACAUAUCAAUGUUGGACUACAACCCCCGGGAGAGGGUGCUGUACACUUGGAACAAUGGUCACCAGGUCCUCUAUAACGUCACGCUUUUCCACGUUAUAAAGACUUCGGGAGAGUUGUAAAUUGACGGCAUUGUGGCUGGCCAGGUUGAGUGACUGACCAACGAGACACGUCUAUUUUUUUUUAUAUUUCAAUAUUAACAGUAUUAUUAUUAAUCGACAACAGUAACAAAAACAAAAAAAAAAAAAAAACCUGACUACGACAGCCAGCGCCAACUACGAAACUAAAUAAGACUUUUUUUUUUUCUUGUGGUGAGUGCGCAUGGUUCUCUUUUUUUUGUGACAAGAAAUAAACAUCUACCUUUGUCAUUUAA